AAUUAGACCUAGAUCUAGAUUAGAGCUACGAGUUGGCUAGGAAGCCACGCUGGUUUGUUGAUAAACACAAGAGUCGUUCUCGUUACGUUGCUGUGCAGAUUAUUUUCACACACCCAUUGAGGUUGAAUUUUGAUCUGAUCUGGAUUCUACAUGACAUUAGAAAGAUGUAUAUAGAUCGAGAUCUAUUAUUAGCUAGUGUGAUGUUAUUUAGCUUUUUUAAAAGUUCUAAAUUAGUUUGACUAUUAUCUAGAUCUAGUUUAUUUUUAUUAUCGCGCUUGCGUCAUUUUCAAACAUAGUGUGACCUAGUUACUCUAGACUUUUGAUCAAAUAGAGAGAGUAGAAUCACUGACCCAGAAAAAGACUAUUUCAAGACCUACAUCUACAUUACUGAAAGUGUCAAGAUUAGCUCUAACUUCUUGUAUUCAAACUCAAAGAUGGAAUACGUUUCUGUCGUCAAGUCACUGAACAUCUUGUCAAAUGAUUUUUGACGAUGGCGGCUAGAAGCAGACUAAAGAACGAUCACUCUGAGCGAACCAUGGGCACGCCACAGGCUCACAGUCUCGGGCCUCCUUCUUCAGCAUCAUCUCGAGUGCCCAUAGUGCAAGCGCCGCUCCUUCAGUCCCCGUGUCACAACCCCGGACAUCAAGGCCACUUGGAAAGUCAUUCACCCUCCCUGGCAGUGGGGCCUCAAACCAGAGACAGCGGGUACAACACGGACGUGUCUCCGGCCACCACCAGCUCCCCUGCUACCAACGCAAACACCCGGCAGCACUUUGUUUUUGACAAUUUGUCUCACGUCACCGAAAGCUCCGCCCACUGUAGCUACCCUUCAGCUGCUGGGACCCCUGUCCCUUUUAGUUCCCCAAGAUCCCCGCGCAUUCACGUUCUAUGUGACCCGAGAACAAGGAAGAAGGGCACGCCCCCUUUACGGCUUUCACCGGAGAUUUUCAAAAUCGCAGAGCAGAAAUGUUCGCCGAAGCCCGUCUCGGAAACUUCCGAGACACACGUAGCCGUCUUUGACUUUGAGAUUGACGAUAACGUCCCGGAAAAGCAUGAUGACCUUGGACACUUGGAAGGUGCCGAAAGCGCUGACGACCUUGACCUUACUGAGCCACGUCUGCCAGGUGGUAACGCCAUUGACGAAAACCUGUUGUACAAUCCUGACGGCAUUCUCCGAAACUGGGGCCAGAAUCCAGAAUACACGACUCGGGGCAGAGCCAGCAGCUUCUGCUCAAGGCCGAGGCGUCGCCACUGCUCAACAGGAGAUAACAACUUUGCAGAGACCCAAGAGUGGUGCGAUGAAGUGGCGGAAGUAGGGUCAUUUUCUCAAAGAAGUUUCAGCUUCAGCGAAACCUUCUCCAACAAUAUACCUUACGGCUCUGUAGGCCAUCCCGAUAGCAUUGACCUGGGCGUAAUUGGACUCCAGAGGCGCUCACGAUUAUCCCAGUUAUAUUCCAGCCAAGGUUUUCAGUCAGGCUGUCAUGACAACAGCGUCUCUAGAAGUGACAGCUGUGAUUCUGAAAACGUGUUUAAUUUUGACCUCGACGACGAGCAGGAAGACGCCCCGACGGACAAGGCCCCCCACAGGUCCAGCCAGGGGGUGCCGAUCGUCCGAGAGAAGCCUCCUCACAGUCCGGCGUCUACUUCCAGGCUGCACAGGAGGCGUGUGGGUAUAGCCUCUUCUCACCUCGUCACCUCUAGCGGGGUACGCCUUCCACACUCGGGGACCAUCCUGGGCGUAUCGGUAGCCACACAGACUCCGCACGCUGCCAGCGCUUUGAUACAACAGUUGCUCAGCACGCCCGUCCCGCUACCCAAUGAAUCUAUCGGACCAGCUGCCAGCUCCCUGCGACGCCGCUCUUCAGCCAGUGGCGCCCUCCCAGGGCUGCCCUCCAGCUUGGUCCCUCUCCCGGACAUUGUGCCUACUACGGGGCGAGACCGCUCCAACUCGGUCCCUGACUUCCACGCCUACGAGCGAGCCACCCGAGCCCGGGAGACGGGGCGCCAGGUGGGGCGAGAACUGAGGCGCAUGAGUGAUGAGUUCAACGCCGCCCUCUUCGGCACCCGGCGACUGAGUCCUGUUAGGGAGGACCUUGACGGCUACCCGGCCUCGUUCCCCAUCACUCGGCCCCUCGGGUUCUUGCAAAACGUCCGCAGCUUUUUCGUCCAGGAGAGCUUCAGCCGGGCCAGCCUCCCCAGGCAAGAGUCGUCUGUUGAUCUCUUGGAACAGUCCACUCCGGAGGAAGACAACUCGUCGACAGAGGAGCUCACGUCUGAUUGACGAUGGCCUCGAAACUACACAAAAGUAAAACGCGCACAAAUUAGAGAGUAGGUCGUGAUAUGACGUCACUUGUCUGUGAUACACAGGGUUGUCAAGGACGCUGUCCCCAUUCCUUUUUUUGAACAUCCGGUUAGGACGAUAUUCUGACAUACAAUUUGUGUGGAAAUAGGUCAAUGACAUCAUUGAUAUUCUUUCUGCAUUUGGAUUAUAUGCUUGAAUAACUUUGGACCCUUUGUGGAUUUCAUGACAAUAAGCCGUUAGACAAUUUUUUUUUGAUUUCUCAGUUGUAAAUUUGUGUGUUCUUAUAUAAUUUGUCAUUCAAAGAAAUAUCUGGACUUCUCUGUUCAAGUCUCCCACAGGAGGGUAAGACGAAUGUAAGUAUGUUUGUUUCUUGAAUUUCUGUUCAAUUUCACAUUUUGAAAUAUGCAUUAUUUGUUUCGUUUCUUUUUUAAAAGAGUUACUUCUUUUUAAUUGAUCACAUAUGUUCAUUAAUGUAUGAUUCAUAGCCUUGAGAUUUGUUAUUGUAAAGAAAUUGAUUCGCAAGAAGAAAUCCAAUCCUAAAAGAGAGAGAGAGUGAGAGAGUUUAUUUAGGCUUAGGAACUAUUACUUCAUUUAGAUUUAUAUAUCAAUUGCUGUGCUGAAUUAUUAUUUUUAAAAUUAAUCUUGAUUCUCCCGUCCACCCAUCCUACAACAACAAAAAAUAAAAUAAAAUAAUAUUUCUAAACAUAAAUGAAAUACAAACAAUAGAACAUUAAUGUCAGUGAGUGUUACUUUCUGUAAGCUAAAAUCAUCAAUUUUAUUGGUUCCCGGUCAUUUCAUCCCCUGGUUACUUCAUCCCCCGGUCAUUUCGUCCCCUGAUCAUUUCAUCCUCUGGUCAUUUCAUCAUAAGUCAAAGCCUUAACAGCACAAUUAAACAAUGAAAAAAGAAAAAUAUUUAAUUGGGCAUGAAAUGGCCGUGGGAUGAAAUGACCGGUCACCAUUUUAUUUUUUUAAUGGACUAACACUUUCUACCUUGUAUGAGUCAAUUUUCCUUUUUGUCUUACAAAAUUAAACGUAUACAGAGGCACAGAGAAACAAUUUCGUUUUUUUAAUUAUAUUUAUUUAGUAGGUCGAACUGAAGAAAUAUGGCAGCUGAUGUAUCUGGUCACAUUGACAGGGGGGGGGGGGGGGAAGUUUCUAACUUAUUUUCCAUAUCUAGAAUUAUUUAUUGAUUAACCCCUUCCACCCCGACCCAGCUUUCCCUGUCGAAUCCGUUUUUUUGUAGUGUAAUAUAAAUAAUAUUUUGAUUCAGUUCAUUCCCUCCCCUUCCCCCUCCCAGGUCACCUCACGCAUCCCACACUCACACAUCUCACACAUCUCACACACACUCACACAUCCCCCCCACACACACCCCACACACUUCCAUACCUAUGCUCAAAUCUCAAGUACUGAAAGACAACCCGAUAUUUGCUCAGUGGAGACUACUCUAGAUUUGAAUGAUCUAACCUUGUUUAGCCAUAACAUAUGCAAACAUUUAAAUGUAUACAAGUAUAUACGGGCUACAUUAACAUAACACACAUAUAGAGGCACACACACACACCUGGUCGAACGCUCAAGGGAAUAAAGGACUCGGAACAUAAUAGCUCAAUAUUUAUUAUAUAACACCUUCAAUAACUCUUUCAUUUUAUAAUAUAUCUUAUAUAUAAACUAACAAUCUUUUGAAAAAUGUUAUGUAACAGGGCAUAGUCUUACCAAGUGGCAUUUUGGGUUAGUUUGGAAAAAUAGCUUUUAACACAAUUUCUCGUCAAUAACUGUGGCAAUAUAGAUUCAGUGCAAACUCAAGAGUUUCUUGUGAUGUCAGACACUGUGUUUGUCUAAAUACUGACUUUGUGAGUUUUGCACUUAGUCUAAAUACUGACUUUGUGAGAUUUGCACUUUGUCUAAAUACAGACUUUGUGAGAUUCUAAAUACAGACUUUGUGAGAUUUUGCACUUUGUCUAAAUACAGACUUUGUGAGAUUUGCACUUUGUCUAAAUACAGAAUUUGUGAGAUUUGCACUUUGUCUAAAUACAGACUUUGUGAGAUUGACACUCUGAGUUUGUGAAAUGAAAUCUAACAUUUGACCUCACUGAACAGAUUUAAUUUAUAUGUUUCAUGUUUAUUACAAUUUUGUAUUUUCUUUAAUUGUUAAACUGUAAUAAUUACUGAUUGUAUUCAAACGCUUUUGCUUAGAUGCUUGGCAGAUCUUUGUAAUUGCUGAAUUAAGUCGCUUAGACAUUGCCAAGCUCUUGUGGGACAAGUCAAUAAAUUGUUUAAAGUCUGAAUGACUAAUUCUUAUUUUGGCUUGCCUUUAAUUCUUAUUUUGGCUUGCCUUUACCAGUUACGUUGGUUUUUUAUCUUUGGCCUUAAUUUGAAAAAAAAAAUUUCAUGUGAUCCUACACCAGCCUUUUUAUUUUUUUAAAUCUUAUUUUGUGGCCUUAAUUUUUUUUUAGGAUCUUUGGGUUUGACACUACGUCGCCUCGGCUUUUAACAAGGUGAUAAGAAAACUGUCGGCCUGUAAUAAAAAAAAAAUAAUUUUAAUAGAACUAUUUUCACGGGACUAUUUUUUCUUUUGACCUAUUUUUGUUAUCGCGGAUGUGCAUGGCGAGGUAGUGCGUGAUGAAUUAUGCAAAAAAAAAAGUGUUGUUUUAUAUAUGGUCGUCCUUCUUAUCAAGCGCGUGACAAAAACCAUUCAGUCAUCUACGAUCCAAAGGGACUGAUCGAUAACAAUCAUACAUUGAUCACUGCAUCGUAAAACAACGAAGCCAUUGUCAAUAGCUUAUUUAUUCCACCUAGGACCCAACCACAAUGGCACGUGGAGGUCAAUAAUUCUACAUGCUGAACUAUGGGCCGAAGAGCGUACUUACGGGCCUUCAUUCUAGGGCUCUUUGCCACCACGUGAUGAGUCCAUUUGCCAUCACGUGGUAAGUCCAAUGGUCAUCAUGUCCAAUUGCCCUUAUCUUCAGAAAUGGUCAAUGUUGCCACCUUAGCAAUUCCAUCUUGUUAACAGCUUGUUUAUACUGUUUUUAUAAUAAUAUAACCUUUCCAGCCAGCAUCAUAGACGCCCCAUGUUAUCAUAAUAUACCAUCAGCUUACCAUCAUAAUAUACCAUCAGCUAACCAUCAUAAUACUAUCGGCGAUCACUACUUUUGUCUUUAUGCAAAAAAGCAGCACAUCUAUAUUUAUAUACAUUGUAACUUUUGAAGCUUUUUUUUUUUUUUUAGUGCCGGACUUACUGUUCAGUCAAAUAGGCCUUCACCAGAUAAAUGUUAUGGACAUUUACAAAUGACUUUUUGCUGUGUAUUGCUGUUGCUUUUGUGUAUGUUAGAAAUUAAUUUAAAAACAAUGUAAAAAAAAUAUAUGAUGGCAAUUAGUUUUGAAUCAUUGAAAUUUAGUGCCAUAAUUUUUAUCUACAUUUUUUUGUGUGAAGGUCUACAAGAAAUUGAGUAAACCCGGCUGUGUAUUUUUUUACAAUGUGAUGCGUCGCGUGGCAGUGCCUGCCCAUCGUGACGUCAUGAGUCAGUUUCAAAAUCAUGGAAUUUUUAUUCUACAGCAUGAGGUGAUCUAAACUAUUUCAUUACAUUUUUUUUUUUUUUUUUAAAGAUUGAAAUGGUAAAAAGUACACUUUUAAUAAUUAUAACUGUGACGAGUGAUGAAAAUAUUUACAUAAAUGUAAAAUUAUCUGAAAGUAGGGUAUACUUAAAUACACGAAGCUUUGUAUAAUUUGCAUUUUAUUUUCGGAUUAUUAUUAUUUAAAUUGUUAUUGCUGUUUGAAUCACGCUAAAUACAAAAACAUAGAAAGACUUCUUUACAACCAAGAUUAUUUUGAGAGAGAGAGAGAGAGACUAUUACAAGAACGCCCUCUGUGGAAUAAAAAUUCCGGGUUUUUAAUUUAACCCUAGUCUCACUUGUCUUUCUUGAAAGUCACCGGAAUUGGGAUAUCGGGAAAUCCCUUAAACUAAUUAUAGUAUUACUAACCACUUGACGUCAUACAUUGUAUCAACUGGCAGCUUUCAUUCAUAAUUUUUUUUUUGUUGGUUUGCAAAGACAUAGCCACAUAUAUUUUUUUAUUUACAUAUCAUUAUUUGAUUAAUUUUUCGUGUGUUUUUUAAAAAUUGUUUAUUAAAAUUGUAUAUUAUACUUGUAAGUAAGUUUUAUGUGGGUUUUUUUUUGUAUGUCUUAUUUUUAUUUAUUUUGUAAUGGGGUUUGAACUCAUGCUCUUUAAACAUUGGCCUCGUUGUGUGGUCAUUAUUUGGUCGCCUCUUAAAGGCUAUGGUUAAAAGCAUGGGAUCCUUUUUUUUUUUUUUAUAAAGUAGACUUUGUCUUCGGGCUCAAUUUAAACUCAAUCUUUUUCACUAAGCUGAUAUUUUAGCCAUUUUCUGGGAAUUUUAUUUUCAUGCUCAACAUUUACCUGGCCAAGUCACGUGAUGUCGGCGUGAACCUGCCAGGAAAGUUAAUAACCCAAGGAGAGUUUAAAAUACCUAAUUAAAUAGAACAGGAACAGUUGUAAUGUAAAAGAUUAGAAGAUAAUAUAGUGAUAGACUUUAGAGUAUAGUAAUAAUAUUAAAUUGAACUCUUUCUGUAAUUCUAAAUAUUAAGAUUUGGAAUAAAACAAUUAUAAACAAAGGUUUUGCCAUUUCUAUAGUUUUCUCUUUACAUGUGUAAAUAUAAUAUAUUAUGGCAAUUGAUAUCAAAUAAAAUUUUCUUGAUGUAUUUUAUCUGGUCAAUGACAUAAAGAUCAAUCACAAAAAAUUAUUUCUCGCUUGACAAAAACUAUAAUCGUAAAUAAAAAAAAAGACUCCCCGAACAUCAGUGGACCUUUAAGCGCAAAUCUUUAGCAAAAUGGUAAGAACAAUGUUAUGCUAUAGUUAUUUUUUGUAUAUCCAAACCACCUUAUCUGUAACCUAGCAACAACUUUAAAAAAAAAAAUAAUCUGUUAUGUCUCUACACACGCCAUGAACACGUGACUAUAAUUUCCAGCCAAAAAUUAAAGUUUGACUGAAACUGUACAGAAUGAGUAGCCAUUUUAUUUUUAUGAAUGCUUUUUUUUUCAAAUGUUAGUUUUAUGUUUAUUUGUUGCUUAGUAAGCAAUUUUGGUGUUUGUUUUUUGGUCUGUUCCUUUUUGAUGGAACGCCAUUGGCUCGAAGAAUGUUUUGUGAUUCAACUUUUACCUUCAUUUAAUCAUUUCAUUUUGGAUGCCAUCUUGUUUUACUUUGGAGAGUCUCUUGUAUAUAAUGAGCAUUCACGUAGUGACACGUUUACUGGACGUAGUGACAUUAAUUGGACGAAUUGACAUUAAUUGGAUGAAGUGACAUUUACUGGACGUAGUCACAUUUACUGGACGUAGUGACAUUUAUUGGACGUAGUCACAUUUACUGGACGUAGUGACAUUUACUGGACGUAGUGACAUUUACUGGACGCAGUGACAUUUAUUGGACGUAGUGACAUUUAUUGGAUGAUGUGACAUUUACUUGACGUAGGUACAUUUACUGGACUUAGUGACAUUGACUAAGCGUAGUGACUAUUACUUAACGGAAUGACAUUUACUGAACAUAACCUAACUACGGACAUAAACACACACACACACACACACAGACAUAAACACUUGUGCACUUGAAUUGAACAUUCACCUUUGUGUUCCAAAACCUAAAUAACUUUUCAUUUCAGACAUUAUCACAUGUGUUACUUUAAUAUGUUUUACUUACAUGUGAUUAUAUUAUUAUUUUUUUUUUACAUUCGUUAUUUUGCCUUCAAACCAAUGUUAUUGGAAGUAUUCCCUUUUUUUUUCUUUAAAUUUUUCAAUCAAUGAAUUGUUUCACUGACAGUGGAUAUAAUACUUUGACUAUGAAAUGUAUAGCUACAUGUUUAAUAGUGCUGAGACCAUUGUAUGUGUUCUUAAACAGCCAUGUCCAUGGAGUUACCUGCUCCCUCCUAAACCUGCUCAGCAGACGUCACACAUUAUGCUCAUAUCAGAACAUGAGUUCGUUGCAAAAAAAUUUUUUCUAAAUAUAGAAUUUCAGUUUGAAAUUCACGAAGGGGAGACAAUUAUGAAAAACUUGAAAUAAACAUUUUAAAAGGAACAAACUCAA